GCAACCCCCCUCUCCACAGAAGACCAGAGUAACCUCUUACAUUAGGAUCAUCAGGCUCUGAUAAACUGGAUUAUACCCAGCUUGCAGGAUCAGAUUGUAGGUCUCUUAUCAUUCUCCACCUUGCUGGGGGAAGGAGGAAGAAUCACACUCUUUCAUAAAUUGAAAGGCAAAAAUCAAAUUGAGAUCCAAGAAUUUAUUUGAAUUUUUUUCCAAAGGAACUGUGUUUGGACAUAACUACUGGAUAAGAAAAUAUCCGAGACAAGAGUGAGUAUGACCCAAAGGAAAAUGUGGUUGGAAUCUGGACACACCUUUGCAUCUUGAUCUUGUUGUUGAACUGUAGCAUAAAACACAUUGAAUCAGAUUUAAUGAUGGAGACAAAUUGGAUCAUUCAAUCGCUGCUCCUCUUGUCAGUUACCAUGUUUUUUGCCAUUGCUAUACCAAAUGAGCAGAAUCAGAAUGUGACAGAAGACUCCAUUCAGUUGAGUGUGACUAGGAAUAAAAUUAUGACAGCACAGUAUGAAUGCUAUCAGAAAAUUACACAAGAUCCUAUUCGUAGUAAAGAAGGUCCUUACUGUAACAGAACAUGGGAUGGUUGGUUGUGUUGGAAUGAUAUUGCAGCAGGAACCGUAUCAAUACAACGCUGUCCUGACUACUUUCAGGACUUUAACCCAUCAGAAAAAGUUACAAAGAUUUGUGACCAAAAUGGAAACUGGUUUAGACAUCCUGAAAGCAACAGAACAUGGACAAACUACACCCAGUGUAAUCUCCGUACACAUGAAAAAGUAAAGACAGCCCUGAAUUUGUAUUAUCUGGCCAUCAUCGGGCAUGGUCUUUCAAUUGCAUCACUUUUGAUUUCCCUUGGCAUAUUCUUUUAUUUUAAGAGCUUGAGUUGCCAAAGGAUAACCCUACAUAAAAAUCUGUUUUUCUCUUUUGUUUGCAACUCCAUCGUUACAAUAAUUUGGCUGGCGGCAGUUGUCAACAACCAGCAGUUAGUUGCAACUAAUCCACUUAGUUGCAAAGUAUAUCAGUUCAUUUACUUGUAUUUAAUCGGUUGCCAUUACUUCUGGAUGCUCUGUGAAGGCAUUUAUCUGCAUACUCUCAUUGUGGUGGCUGUCUUUGCAGAGAAACAACACUUGAUGUGGUAUUAUCUUCUCGGCUGGGGAUUCCCAUUGAUCCCUGCCUGCAUACACGCUGUAGCAAGAAGUAUGUAUUUCAAUGACAACUGCUGGAUCAGUUCUGAAACUCAUCUGCUGUACAUUAUCCAUGGGCCUAUUUGUGCUGCUUUAGUGGUGAAUCUUUUUUUCCUGUUGAAUAUUGUUCGAGUUCUGAUAACCAAGCUCAAAGUCACACACCAGGCAGAAUCCAAUCUAUACAUGAAAGCUGUGAGAGCUACACUCAUUCUAGUGCCACUUCUUGGCAUUGAAUUUGUGCUGAUUCCAUGGCGACCAGAAGGCCGUAUUGCUGAAGAAGUAUAUGACUACGUGAUGCAUAUCCUUACACAUUAUCAAGGUCUGUUGGUGGCUACAAUUUUCUGCUUUUUUAAUGGAGAGGUCCAAGCUGUUUUGAGAAGGCACUGGAAUCAGUACAGAAUCCAAUUUGACCACAGCUUCACUCACUCAGAUACUAUGCGCACAGCUUCCUACACGGUAUCAUCCAUCAGUGAUGUUCAGGGCUACAGCUUCAAUCACGAUUUCACGAAUGAACAUUUAAAUGGGAAAAGCUACCAUGACAUGGAUAAUAUUGUUUUAAAAGCUGAAAAGCUGUAUGGUUGACUGCAGAAAUGCUGUAUUGCCCGCAUUCUAGUCCUCAUAGCUCAUGAACUUGAAGUUUGAGUUAAUGACUUCGUGGCCAGAAGAUUUUUACCUCACUUGGGACAUGUUUUUCCUGAAUGAUGCAAACUUAAGACAAUGCAUUUCUCAUGUGUAUAUACAUAUGCACAUAUAUGUUCAUACAUAGAUAUAAGUACAUAUAUAAAGAACCAGACUUUGCCUCUUCUGUUUCUACUGUGUAGACCAAGUUGGCAAUUAUUUUGUAUGCAGGGAAUCAAUGAAGGAUUUCUUAUUUUCUUGAAAGUUUGUGUAAAGACUGUGUUGUAUUGAAAGCCAUUUCAUUUACCUGCAAGAACUCAUCUUGUAAAUACUGUCGUAAUCAUAAUAUAUUUGCUAAAUUCAGCCAGUACACACAACCUAAAUAAGUGGUUAAGAUUGAACUCUGUCAGGAAAGACAGACUGUUGAAGACAGUCGAGUCUGAGAUGUUGAUAUGUAUCUGGCUCAUUUUUUGCCACUAUUUUAAACCAGGCAUAUUGUAAAGGCAUCCAGAUGCCAACGCCCGAAAUCUGAGGUAUGAAACCCCAGCUGCUUCUAUUCUGCAAUGUAAAAUUUUACAAGAUGUUUUUAAUUAUUUUAGUAUACAGACAGCCUGAUCCUGCCACUAAUGACAUAAAUGGAAGUUCCUUAUUGACUUUAAUGGGAGCAGGACCAGUGAGAUCCUGAUCUGGAAAAGCUGAUGAGCCCAUCUUUGUCUUUGACUUUGAUGGAACUUAAACUAGUGCUUAAGUUGUUUGUAAAAGUCAAGCAGGAUUGCUGACUUAGAGCAAGAUUGCAUACAGGUAAAAAAAAUAUUUUCCUUGCCACAUGCCUGAUACCUGGCUCCUUAGUUUAUCAAUCAGGCAAAACAAAUCCCAUUUAUACAGUGGGAGUUUUGGCUGAGAAAGGCAUACAAGAUUGGAUGGCAUGCAAAUAAAUAUUAUCGUAGAGCCAGCUUCUUUAGCCUAGCCUAAAGUAAUAAGAAAAGGUGGCUUGGGGCAUUUUCUAGUGGUUUUUGGAAAACUUAUCAAAUCUAUUAUGAAAAUCCUUUGGAGCCUUUCUGAAGUGCCUUGUUUGGGAAAUUCAGUAUUAUUUUGUGGUGAUUGAUUGUAUAAGGCUUGAAUCUGUUAAGGUCUUAAGAAAAAUAUGUCUUUAA